UGACGCAUGUUGCCUGUCUUGUCAUCAAGUGCUGCAAUUUAUAAGCAGAAGAAAUAAAUAUUAAGCGAAAACGUAGCAGCCGCUAUAAGUUAAACAUUCUCACAAUGCCGGACAAGGUUGUAAAAAUGGAAGGCAUGUUAUUCGAAUACCCCACGACAUACUUGAACGACUAUCGGAAGGAGGAAUUCAGGGCGCCAGUAGCGACGGUAUACAAGACGAAACCAUCAUGCAUGAUGCGACGACCGCCUCCUCUAAGGGACGUGCACACUAUGUCGGACUGGAAGGCGCAGUCCAUCCCUUUUGACCUGCUCCACAAGCCCAGAGACAUCGUCGGCACUAACCCGUGGAAGGUGCAGGAGCGAUAUGAAAAGCCAAAAGACAUAGAGCGAGAGCAAGCCCAGAAGACGCGCCCGCGGUUGGUGAUGACUCCAGCAGUCAGCAUGGACGACAUCGACGACCCUCGGGCCAGGGAGCUUCUGUGCGAAGACAUGUACAUCAGCGACAUGGCCAAGGGCAUGAAGGAGGCUGUGGCUCCGUACACUAAUGUUCAGGCGCCGUUCGCUAAGCACCCGGCGCCGUCUAACCCUAUAACCCUGCGCAAGCUGCAGCCGUACCUGGUGUCGCCCGAGUGGCGAAUGGAGACGGUCCGCUGGGACAACCAGCAGUUGCGCGCGCACUGCGACGCUACUAAAGACUUCUGGCUCAAGUUUCAACUGCCCAAAUGUAGGGCAUGCGACGAAACUGCUGUAGUGAAGGCCCAUAGGAAAAUGCUGCGGCAGAAAAAGUGAAUCAAUAGGUUAUGCAUUUAGUGACUGGUGUAAUAUUUAUUU